UUAAAUUUUUGUUCUCGUCCGCACAUUCAGUUUGUUUGUUUGUGCCUUUACUGCCUUUCGUUUCAUUCAUCUGCGUGCGACAGCCCAACAUUUUCCCAUUAUGUUUUAUGAAAAUACAUUCAUUCACACACCAGUACAUUCGCACAUAUAAAACGCACCACAGACAUUGUGUCACAUUCGAUAUAUAUUAGAGACACUGUCUCUCAACAAAAAAAAACUCUGAACACUGAACAUUCGCUGUUAACAUGUAUAUCUACCUCCUUCGCGCCUUUUAAACUUUCGGUAGAAUUACUUCUUAAAUAUAUCUCUCCAUCGUUUUGUCACGGCGCGCACAUUACAUCUCUACAAAAAAAAAACAUUUUUUUGGUGUGAAGUACAAGUGAAAGAACGGUGUUCUAAUCAACAAUGUAAAUGCGUUUCGAUUCGUCACACGCUGCCGAACAUUUCGAGAGCGAAAAUAUUUUUGAAACAGUGUAAAAUAGCACAUCGGAAUAAUAGUCGUGUGCCAUUUUAAAAUCUCCCGCUUAAAUUAAAAUCAUUUUUCGACUAAUUGAUAUCGCACGGUGCGAGAAAUGUGAAUAAUUUAUAUGAUUAAUAAAGCCAAUUUUUAAAUUUUUUUCAUUAAAGCGGACAAAAGACGAAAAGGACAAUUUGAUAUUGAUUCUUAAUUUUUCUCGACGUUUUCGUUUGAGUAACCGAAAUUGAAGGGAAUUAAAACAGAGAUUUAAGUGCAAUCAAACAAAAAAUCGUGAUAAAGUGAACAGAAAUAAGAAUCGAAUUUAUUGGAAAAAAUAAAGCACAACGAGAGAGAGAGAGAGAGAGAGAGAGAGAGAGAGAUAGAUUUUGUGAAAAGGAAAGAGAACGAGAGGUGAGCAGCAGCAAGGAAUAAUUAACGAUGGCACAUUUAAAUAUAAUACACUUUAAUGAUAUUUAUAAUGUUGAAGCAAAUUCGGCACGUGAACCUGUUGGAGGUGCUGCUCGUUUUUUAACAGCAAUCAAAUCAUUUGGCCAUUUAAAUCCUUUGAUAUUGUUUAGCGGUGAUGCAUUCUCGCCUAGCAUUCUAAGUACGUUUACAAAAGGGGAACAAAUGAUUCCGGUGCUAAAUAAAGUCGGAACUCAUUGUGCUGUGCUGGGAAAUCAUGAUUUUGAUCAUGGCCUUGAGGUGAUAACAGAACACAUAGCAAAAACGAAAUUUCCAUGGCUGAUGUCGAAUGUGGUGGACAAUGAAACUGGCCGAUCGUUAGGUAGCGGUAAAACUACAUAUGUCAUCAAACACAAUGGCAUCAAAGUUGGUAUAAUGGGUUUGGUUGAAAAAGAAUGGUUAGACACAUUACCAACAAUUGAUCCAAAAGAAGUGACAUACACUGAUUUUAUCAAGACCGGCAACAAAUUGGCGACUCAACUACGGAAUGAGGGCUGUGAUUUGAUAAUAGCUUUAACACAUAUGCGGACACCAAAUGAUUUUAAAUUAGCGAACAAUGCCAAUGGCAUCGAUAUCAUACUCGGUGGUCAUGAUCAUGUAUGCGAAGAUGAUGUGGUAAAUGGCAUUCAUGUCAUCAAAUCGGGCACCGAUUUUCGACAAUUCGGUUUGAUAACAAUGACUAAAAAUGAUAACAAACAAUGGAAUACAACAUUCAAAGCAAUCGAUGUAACGUCCGAAUAUGCUGAAGAUCAGGAACUAAAAGCCGAUCUGGUUAAGUACACUGAGUCAAUUGAAGAGCAUAUGAAAGAAGUGCUUGGUACAUUUAGUGUUGAAUUAGAUUGUCGUUUUUCAUCAAUUCGAAAAUCGGAAACGAAUUUGGGCGAUUGGGUUUGUGAUGUUGUACUUUCUGCAACGGGUGCUGAUGUUGUUAUUUUAAAUUCAGGAACCUUCCGAUCCGAUCAAGUGCAUCCGGCUGGUCCGUUUACAAUGCGAGAUUUGGUUAACAUUGUUCCGAUGCAUGAUCCAUUGGUUGUACUUGAAGUAACCGGUCGAGCGAUUGUCGAUGCACUAGAAAAUGCUGUUUCUGCAUAUCCAAAGUUAGAAGGACGUUUUCCGCAAGUGUCAGGCAUUUGUUUUGUAUUCGAUCCACAAAGACCACCAUAUUCUAGAGUAAUUGCCGAAUUGGUACAAAUCGCCGACGAAUGGCUGGAUUUAAAGCAAACCUAUUCUCUAUGCAUUAAGAGCUAUAUGCACAGCGGUUGUGAUGGUUUUACCAUGUUUAAGAAUGCUAAAAUUAUUGUGAGUGAGGACGAAUGUCCUGAAUUAGGUUUAACCUUACAAAAUCAUUUCCGUGCCAUUGAUGUUCGAAUGGGAAAAUCAAAACAUUCAAAGCAUCGACAAUCGUUGGUGACACUGUCGCGUCGUCAUAGUAUGGUUCAAAUGUUGGAAAACCUUGAACUAGAUGGACCAACACCAAUGCGACGCAUCUCAUUGAGCAACGCACCUGCAAAUCCAUCAACGAAUCACUAUCUACAUCAUUUGCAACAGCAUCAAUCAACGAGAUCGAUGGACGCAUCGGUGAGACGAGCCAAUUUUGGUCGCCGUGCAUCAUUGGAAGAUUUGGAGCAAGAAAGUUGCCAACUAGCGCCCGCUACACAUCAUCGAAUCAUCCAAUUGCAAAACGAAGACCAUCUACAGCAAUUGCUGCAAAAGAAAGCUAUUUUGGAAACGAAUCGAAGUGUCAUAACUGAAGAUGAUGAAACAUCACCACAAUCUUAAAGACGACAACAAAAAAAACGGAAAGCAAAUGAGUCUAAUGUAGUAGUGUUUGGAAUAUUUAAGUCGAUUAUCACGCUUCUUCCAAUUAAUUGUUUCCGUCAACAACUAACAACACUGAAUGAUAUUAUUAACAAAUAACACUGCUGACUAGCGGCAACUAUCACUAAUAUUCAUAAUAUGUUCAGAAUGAAUUUUAUAGAUAUUAUCUGGAACGCGGGUCCAUAAAAAUCAUCACACAUACCAAAAAAAGAGAAAGAAACAAACAAAAAAAUACGGUAUUUUGUUCAUAUGGCAUAGGUCUAAGUAAGAUAAAGUGUAUUUCAUACUUUUGUUGUAUGUACUUUGCUUGAAAAUUCGCAUGCAUGAACCACUUUACUUUCUAAUUUGGACAGAAACGUUUAAAUAUCUACCGGUAGAGUUGAACUGAAGAAACAUGUGUUUUUAUCAAAAAUUCAGAGCGUUUUUCUAACGGACAUUUAGGAAAUUAGAUGGAAGUAACGACUCUAACUCUAUCUCUAGAUAUGAACGACUCAAAAUUAAAUGAAUAGAAAAAAAUGCAAUGCAAAAUAUGCUCAUGAUAAGGGACAAAAAAAUCCAUAAUAUAUUGAAUGUAAAGUACUUAUUAAUACAAAAUAUAUAUAUAUGUAACAGCCAUAGCGGUAGCACUAUCUGUAAAGUCAGAUUUUCUUUGAAAAGAAAAUGAUAACUGUGUAAGUAAGUAAUUAUGUGUGUUCACCACCACAUGUGGACUUUGUCACGUCAAAAAUAAACUAAAAGACCAUAGAGGCGCUAAUAGACAUUUUAAGUAUUUACAAUUAAAUAGGGAGUGAUUUUUGCAAUAAAAUGCAAACAAAAGCCAUAUUCUCCGAGAAAAAAAAACACCGAUUAUUUUUAUUAUCUAGGUGAAAAAAAAACAGAGAGCCUAAUGAAUGUAAAACUUGUUAUUCUGUACAUAUAAACAAUUUUAAUUUAUUGUUUUUAAUAGAUGCAAAUUAAACAAUGAAACUGUAACUAUUUAAACAACAACAAAAAAUACACAAAAAAUACCAUGUCUAUAUAAUUUUCGAAAUGUUUGUUGCAUUUGAAACGUGCAAACGACAGGGAGAGAAAUGAUUUAACAAAAAACACACUUCUAAUUCCUAUCACAAAACGAAUGAACAAAUUAAACACUAUGUACAAAUUCUAUUCAGAUGGAAUGAUUGAAUAAAAGACAAAUUUUUAUUUUUA